UGCUGAUUCCACAAUGCCAAUAAAGAACAACCUUGUUAUUUAUAAGGAAGUUUACAGGCAAGUCCAAUCAAGGUUACUUGACUUCCACUAUGUGGAAUUAAUGUACAAUAUCAGUAUUAUUACAAUACAAUCAGUAUUUGCUACAUGCAUUUGAAUGUGAAAUUAAUCAGUAUCUAUCAUAUCCACAUAAGUAUCCAUAUAAUCUAAAUAUUUUUCUAUUACAGGAAAGCAGUUGCUAACAAUGGCAUGUGGGACCAAGUCAGAGUGGAUCAUGGCAGGGAGUUUUACUUGACCCUGUACAUGCAGGAAAAGCUGUCUCAUCACAGACAUAAUGUUAACAGGCUACCUUAUGUGCAGACAACCUCUUCAAGGAACCUUCGUGUGGAAAGAAUUUGGCCAGAGGUCAAUAAUCGGGUGAACUAUCCCAUAAAACAGGCCCUGGUUCACCUGCUGGAUCAAGAGCUACUCGACAUGCAAGAUAAUGUAACGAAAUUUUGUGUCUCCAACCUGGCAUGUCAAGUGAGUCAGAUUGGACUUGGCAGAGUUGUGCAGUCCUGGAAUGCCCAUAGGAUACCAGGCAGAGGGAUACCAAACCAACUUGCAGCUGGUAGUUGUCCAGCAAGAAUUCCCACAGAGCUGCUGCCCAAUGCUGCUGAGGCAGCACACAUGUAUGAGCAGGAAUUUGGGUCCUCCCUGACUUGGGUAUCUGCCUUUGGCUCUGACCCAUUUCCGUCAGAGCAAGACCAAUGUCGUGCUGAGCAGCUGUUCGGAGAGAGGUUCCCAGACAUGGCGCUUCUUUUUGGAACAGUGGUCAACAAUGACCAUAGUAUGUUUCAGGAGGCACUGUUCUACCUGAUCAAUGUUACUGAGAGACAUGCAAGAUAAACUAGCCAUGUGUAUAUAUUUGUACAGUAGUUUUAUGAGAAAGUA